CCCAAAGAUACGGUUCUGGUUCCGACAUUCGGUUCUCUUGCUCCCAGGUUUCCCAGUAGAUUCCGAGUUUCCCCCCAGUAGAUUCCGUCUUAAAACAAACCUUUUUCUUCUUCUUCUUCUUAUUCUGCAGGUGUACGCCAUCCUGGUCAGCCAUCCUCCGCAGUCCAACGAUCACCUGACUCCAACGCCCGUCUCCUACACGGCCGGGUUCUACCGGAUCCCGGUGGUCGGCCUGACGACUCGCAUGUCCAUCUACUCUGACAAGAGCAUCCACCUGUCCUUCCUGCGGACGGUGCCGCCGUACUCCCACCAGGCCCAGGUGUGGUUUGACCUGAUGAGGGAGUUCAGGUGGAACCACAUCAUCCUGAUCGUCAGCGACGACCACGAGGGCCGAGCCGCCCAGAAGAAGCUGGAGACGCUGCUGGAGGAGCGGGAGACCAAGACUAAAAACAGGAACUAUGAAAACCUCGACCAACAGAACUUUGACUUCAGGAGAACACCCAAGGCGGAGAAGGUGCUGCUGUUCAGCCAGGACACCAACCUGACGGCGCUGCUGCUGGAGGCCAAGGACCUGGAGGCCCGAGUCAUCAUCCUGUCGGCCAGUGAGGAUGAAGCCAUGGCCGUGUACAAAGCGGCCCGGCAGCUCAACAUGACCGGUUCUGGCUACGUCUGGCUGGUCGGAGAGCGGGAGAUGAGCGGGAAAGCUCUGAGCGAAGCUCCUGAUGGCCUGCUGGGCCUCCAGCUGAUCAACGGGAAGAACGAGUCGGCUCACAUCACGGACGCCGUGGCGGUGGUGGCUCAGUCCCUGCAGGAACUGUUUGAGAAGGAGAACAUCACGGAGCCGCCGCGGGGCUGCGUGGGGAACACCAACAUCUGGCGGACCGGGCCGCUCUUCAAACGGGUGCUGAUGGCAUCGAAGUACCCGGACGGCCUGACGGGACGAAUCGAGUUUAACGACGACGGCGACCGCCGCUUCGCCACCUACAGCAUCCUGAACCACCAGAAGGCGGGGCGCGUCAUCCAGGUGGGCGUGUUCAACGGGACGCAGGUGGUGAUGAAUCCUCAGAGGAAGAUCAUCUGGCCUGGAGGAGAGACGGAGAAACCAGUGGGAUACCAGAUGUCCACCAGGCUGAAGAUAGUGACGAUCCACCAGGAGCCGUUUGUUUACGUGAAGCCGACGCAGAGCGACGGGACGUGCCAGCAGGAGCACACGGUGAACGGAGUUGUGAUCAAGAAGGUGAUCUGUACCGGACCCAACGGGACCAUCCCAGGUCAGCCCAUCGUUCCUCAGUGUUGCUACGGUUUCUGCAUCGACCUGCUCAUCAAGCUGGCCAUGAGCAUGAACUUCACCUACGAGGUUCACCUGGUGGCCGACGGCAAGUUUGGCACGCAGGAACGGGUGAGGCUCCUCCCACGACCGGACCGGACCGGUAUCUCACCGGACCGGUAUCAGACCGGUAUCGGACCGGACCGGUAUCGGACCGGUAUCAGACCAGCAUUGGACCAGACCGGUAUCAGACCGACCGGACCGGUAUCAGGCCGGUACCAGACCGGACCGGUAUCACACCGGUAUCAGACCAGCAUCGGACCGGACCGGUAUCAGACCAGUAUCGGACCGGACCGGUAUCAGACCGGUAUCGGGACCGGUAUCGGGACCGGUACCGGACUGGUAUCGGGACCGGUACCGGACCGGUAUCAAACCGGACCGGUAUCACACCAGUAUCAGACCAGCAUCGGACCGGACCAGUAUCAGACCGGUACCGGACCGACCGGACCGGUAUCAGACCGGUACCAGACCGGUUUCAGUCCGGACCGGUAUCUGACGGUAUUAGACUGGAUGACCCUCCUCAUUGGAGGAUCCGCUGAGCCCCUGGACCAAUCAGUUGACUUGCUCUGA